AAGAUUCUCUUCUACUUGUUCUGGUUCUGCACAGUCAUCAUCUCUCUCGGAGACCUCAGAUUUGUGUAAAAACUCAUCGAUAUUAUACCAGUGAAAAUGCACCUGUAAAAUCUUCCUCUAGAUUUAGCAGGUAAAACAAUUGUAUCUGUAAAUCACUGCUUGUGCAUUUCAGAUUGGAAAUAUGUGUAUAUAUGUACAUAUAUACGCAGUUAACUGCACUGUGUAGCUCUCAUUUCAAUCCUAUCUGUGUAUAGACAUAUAUAUAAGUUUUCAAGACUUCACAGAUUCAGCUAUAUUCAAUUUGAUUGUGGAUUGCAAUGGAAUAUCGAUGUGAUUUUGUGUGUCUGUACAAGUAGGGUUCGUUAAUUGUUUGAUUUUGUUUGAAGAUUACGUUGUUUAUUGGGUUUUGUGUUGAUCUGUGGAGUUUGGAGGGGGCAUGCAUGUUUUAAGACUUGAAUUUCAGAUUUGAAUAUACGUUGAGACAUCUGAACAUAUAGAAGUGAUUGUGAGCUAGGGUUUGAGUGAUGUUGUCUGCGAAUGACCCAGUUGACUCCUUUUUCAAUUCACUUCAAGUUGUGAAAAAUGCAUUUUUGCCGCUGGAAUCUGGUAUUUGGAAAACGGCUAAAGACCUUGAACAUUGCUGGCCUGGUUUGAAAAAUGGGGCCAAUGACAACCAUGAAUUGGGUAUGGCAAAAUUGAAUGGGAAAAGGGAUAAGAAUAGUAAUAAGGUUCAGUUAUCUUCUGUGAAGAAGAAGAGUAGUCAGUUUGUGGUUAAUGAUGAGAGAAAGAAAGGUUUGUCAAUAAAGGUACCAGUUAAGACAUUCUUUGGAAUGUUUUCGCAAAAUUGUUGGAGUAAUGGACAUAAAAGGGUUGACAUAUCGAGAAAAGUGUCAAAAGAAAAGGAUAGUGUCAAAGAGGAUUGGAGUUGCAUGAAUUGCUUGCAGUUUGCGGUGACUUGUUCGUUGUUGCUUAAUGGUUUUGUUCAAGCAUUUCCAAGUCCGUUUAAGACAAACAAAAAGAGGUCUCAGAAAAUGAGUAACGAAGAUAAAGUUUGUACUUAUUCAUGGGCAAUGGCGACCAAAUCAAGCGUUUCGUGUGAGUUAAAGCAAAGCGAGUUCAGGGGUCAGCCAGGUAUGGUGUUUCGUGAUGGGGGUCCAAAAGAUAAAGAAGGGAAGAAUAUGUCGCUUGAAUGCUUUAUAGGCUUUGUCUUUGAUCAGUUAACUCAAACUCUUCAAAAGCUUGACCCAGGUGAUGAGGAUACUGAUUGCAAGUGUACUGAUUCAUUAACACCUUCUCCUACAACUCAGUUCAAUCAUUGGAAAGCAAUCACUAGUAUGUUGGAGGGUAAACGAGCAGAUUUCAAUGGAUUUUUGGGAAAUUUGAAGUUUGCUAGGGUGGGAGGUGUUCCGUCAACUAUCGUUGGUGUUACUUCUUCUGUCAAGGAGGAGGGAUCCGAUGGUGUUAAUAUCGGCUGCCGGGAAGAUAGUGGAGGCAUUUCACCACAAAAGCUGGCUAGUGGGUUACUUAGUAUUCCAUUAUCAAAUGUUGAGCGUUUGAGAUCCACUCUGUCCACUGUCUCAUUUACAGAACUAAUUGAGCUUGUACCUCAGUUAGUGCGGCCUUCCAAAGAAUAUCCUGAUAAAAAGAAAUUGUUCUCAGUCCAGGAUUUUUUCAAAUAUACGGAGACCGAAGGUAUGCCUCUCAAAUUACUUGGCAACUGUUUCACCAUUAAUUCAAAUCAGUAUGCCAUUAUUAGCUACAGCUAUAAAUCUUCCAUGUGA